ACUAUUAAACAUCUGUUAAAAAAAAAAUUAUUUAUUGUAAUGCAUUACUUGAAAAAUUAAUAAAUAAAUCUUUGAAUAUAUUUUGUAAAAAAAAAAAGUUGCUGAUUUUUAUUAUAUGUAAAUUUUGAUUGCUGGAAUAAAAAAAGUACAACUAAGACCUGAAUCAUUCAUAUAUUAUGCAUAUCAAAGAUUCAAGUCAGAAUAAAAUUAAUACUACUUAAAAAUAAAAAUAUAAAUCUAGAAUUUAUUAGAUAUGAAAAAACAAAAAUUUUUGAUAUUUUAAAUAUAUUAAUAACUUAUUGUUAUCAUUUAUGUUAAAUUGUCAUAUAAUAACUAUUUAUACAAGGGAUUAAAAUGCAAUGAUGUGGAGUUUGAUACGUAUGACAAACGCAAGUAGACCAAAAUUUUCACGUGGAAAUAGAAGCGCAGGCGUAUGUACCCCCUGUGCGCCGCAGGACGAUAAUAUAUAAAGGGUGCGACUGUCAGUAUAAGCUCAGUCAGACACUUACUACUGAAUCGUAACAAUUAUUCAUUCAACUUAAAUGAAUUGAUUCAUAUCAAUAACAGUAUCGUAGUUGAUAAAAACAAAUAAAAAUAAAAUAAUAGUAGUGCUUGAAAUAAAUAAAGAUAAAUCAGUGUAAUUAUUCAAAUAAAUUUUUUAAACACUGAAAAAUUAUAACAAUAGUGUAAUUAAAUCUCUAAUUAUAUUAUUGAACAUAUAAUACAAUUUUGAGUAAAUAAAAAUUGUUUAUCGUCAAUUAAUUCCAAUAAUGGAAAGAAAAUUAAGAAUUAAAAAUUCAUCUUCACACCAUCAACGUCGGUCUGAAUUCAUUGAUGAUGAGUGUAGCACCGACAGUGGUUGUAGCAGUGGUGGAAGUACAGGAAGUGCCGAACACCUAUCACGGCGUCAAGUCAAUGACCCAAGAUCAACGUUUCACCAUCGUUGUUAUAUUAAUCAUGUUCAUUAUAAUAAUGAACCCUCAACAACAAGAUCACAAGAACGGUUAACAAGGUCACACAUAAACUCUAAUCAACGAGGACGUACUUCUAAAUCAUCAAGAUCAUGGAGUCCAAAUAAUUCGAGACAACAUACUGAAAAAUCACCAACUCGUUCAUCCAGUCCAUCAGAUGCUCAUAGUACAGACAGUGAUUCACUCAAAAGCACACCUAAAACAGACGUUUUCCGACGUGCUUUACAGUAUCUCACACUCGUUAAAUUGGAAAAUAAUAGUAAGGAAAAAAAACUUACAAAAAAAAGCCCAAAGAAAAUUUUGAGAAAGCCUGUUUCCUACACCUACGUCAAAGGAUUAUCCGGCUUACCAACGCAACGAGUGCCUAGAACUUCAACACCAGAACAUUCUUCAGGUUGCUCUUGCUGAAUUAAUAUUUAUUGUCGUCGUUAGAAAUUUUCGUCUCUGGUAAAUAAUAAAUAUCAUUAUUUAUUUAAGUUAAGAUAAAUUAAAUUAUUUAUUUUUAAUCAGACAGCUUUUAAAUAAUGAUAUAAAAAUUACUAUUAAAAAAAAAAUUAAUGCUCAAUGAAAUGUAAUUUUCAUCGCUUUUAUUUCUAUUAUUUAUUUAAAUACUAUUCAAUUAGAUAGAUAAUAAAAUGAAAUAAUAAAUACUUAGCAUUUUUACAUAAAUAUAAUGGUACAUAAUAUUAAUUAUAAAUAAUAAUAUCUUAUUGUACCUAUAAUUUAUUAACUACCAUAUUUAAUAAUAAUAAAAAAAUAAAUUCGAUUUAUACAUAUUUCUCAACACUUAAAAGUCAAAAUGGUAAAAUGCACGAGCUUAAAAAUUUAUUAUAAUUACUCAACUAUUUAAAAUUUUUGAAAUAUAAAAAUAUAUUGGAUAAUGUCAAUUAGAACAAAAUCGAUUUGAAAUAUAAUUUUUAUCACAAAGAUUAUUUUUAAUAUCACAAAUAAUAACAAAAUGUUUAAAAAAAAAUAUUAUUUGUUGUUAAAAUCUAUUGGCAAAAAUUACGUGAGAGAAAAAUUGAUGUCAUUAUUUUGACACGAUGCAUAAUAAAAUAUCUUUAUAGAAAAAUACCUCAAAAUUUGGUAUGAGAACACAAUAUAGCGAUAAUAAUGAAUGAUUAUCUAAAUAAAUACUUCCAAUCGGUAUAUCAGUAUUAAUUAUAGUUAUAUACCUUAUUUUUAAAAUAAAUUCUUGACAUGAUACAAUAUCAAUAAUCAUAAACUACUAAAUAAAAUUAUUAUUAUUAUGAUUAUGAUAAGUAUAAUAAUGUAAACUAUCAUAUCAUAAAAUCUUUAAAGUCGUUUUCAGAUUUUUCUGAAAUUACAAUUUAUAAAUAGUAAAUUACUAUUACGGUGGAGAAUUGUGUUGUCAACUAUAUAAAAAAAACAAUGAUAAAUAAAAUAACCGAGUCAAUUAUAAAAUUUAAUCUAAUUUUUAUUACUAUAAAGAUCGUGCUUAAUCGAAAAUAAAUUUUCACAAAAAAAUAAAAACUUAUGCUAAUCUCAAAAGAUCGGCUUAAAAACUUUCGAUUCUUUUUUUAUGAUUAUACUGUUACAUUUUGUUUAUAACUAAAAAAAACUAUUGAUAUAUAUCGUGCACAUAUAUUAUCAGUACUUAUGUUUUUUUUCAAUGCUCGUUUUAUCUUUUAAAGAGCACUCACAACUUUUUCAAUAGUAUGAUUUAUUUAAAAAAAAACUAAAUCGGUUUAUUGUAUUUUUUCGAAAAUAAAAAUUUUUUGAGAAAUAAAAAUAAAUAAAUAAUGAGUGAUUUCUAAAAUCAUUAUUAUCUUAUAAAAAAAAAUGAGUAACAUUUAAUUUUAAAAAUAGAAAUAAAUACUCAUAUGCGAUUUCCCUUAUCGUCUUCAUUUGUAUACAAUUCACUCUAGUGCCUUUGUAGAUUUCCUCUGUAUGACUCAUGAAUGACUUACACAACGUUUUUAUGUAAAAUAAAAUUUAAUGUAAAAGUUGGUAUUUAAGUAUGUGUGAGAUCUAAUUGUGUAUUAAAUAUAUACUUGAAAUAAAAACAAAACAUUUUAAAUAUUGUAAAAAAAAUUUAGCUAUAUACGUGUAUUUUAUACGAUAUCCUUGUAGACAAGAUAAGUUCUAAAUAAACAUUUUUAAU